CACGGACCUACCCGCCCGCCUGGGUGCCUGCCCCUCCAGCCUCGUGGAGCUCAAGGGGGCUGGCAGCUCACCUGCUUGUCUCUCUACAAGAUCCAAAUCACGAAUUCACCACAGCCUUGCUUCUCUCACGGCGUCAGAGAGAACAUCAUGGCUUUCCUUAUCCUCGUCAUUGGCGACUUGCACAUCCCCGAUCGGGCGCUGGACAUCCCCGCCAAGUUCAAGAAACUCCUCGCCCCCGGCAAGAUCGGCCAGACGCUGUGCCUCGGAAACCUGACCGACAAGCACACGUACGAGUACCUGCGAUCGAUUGCGCCUGAUCUGAAGAUCGUCAAGGGCCGCUAUGACGUCGAGGCCACCUCCCUCCCGCUGACGCAAGUCGUCACCCACGGCGGCAUGCGCAUCGGCUUCCUCGAAGGCUUCACCUUGGUCUCAAACGAGCCGGAUCUCCUGCUCGCCGAGGCGAACAAGCUGGAUGUGGACGUCCUCUGCUCUGGAGGUACCCACCGCUUCGACGCCUUCGAGUACAUGGACAAGUUCUUUGUCAACCCUGGAAGUGCCACGGGAGCGUACUCGACCGAGUUCAGCAAGGAGGGAGAGGAGCCGACGCCGAGUUUCUGUUUGAUGGAUGUCCAGGGUAUCUCGCUCACCCUAUACGUUUACCAAUUGAGGAAGGACGACAAGGGCAAUGAGACCGUAGCAGUCGAGAAGGUGACAUACACAAAACCAGUGGAACCCGCGGCUGCCUCGUCAUGAUACGAGGGAAGCAGGAAGGGGCAUAUUACAAAGAGACAUUCAGCGAUGCAACCAUGAAAUCUAUACCCACACAAACCCCCGAGGAAUCACAGCAGGGUUCCCCCCCUUACAAGAGAGGGGAUGCACUUUUUUUCCAAGAAAUCAUCAUUGGCUAGACGCAGUGCCAACAUUUCCAAUUGGGUGGUGUGUCUGAAGAAAGAGCAAGUAGCAGAUGUAAAUACAAACAUUGAAAAAACAA